AUGGCGUCAGAGAUUCGGGAGAAAUUCCUAAGCUUCUAUGAGAGCAGGGGGCACACGCGCAUGCAGGGGGCAUCCCUCAUACCAGCAGACCCCACUGUACUGCUUACCAUCGCCGGCAUGCUGCAAUUCAAGCCCGUCUUCCUUGGACAGGCCCCUCGCAGCGUCCCAAGAGCCACUACCACGCAGAAGUGCGUGCGGGUCUCGGACAUUGAGAACAUUGGGGUGACUGCUCGCCACCACACCUUCUUUGAGAUGCUGGGCAACUUCAGCUUUGGGGACUACUUCAAGGCGGAGGCCAUCCAGAUGGCGUGGGAGCUGUCGACCAAGGUGCUGGGCAUUCCGGCCCAGCGAAUCUGGGUCAGCGUGUACAAGGAUGACGAGGAGGCCGCUGCGCUGUGGCGCGACGGCGUGGGGUUCCCUGCCGAGCGCCUCGUGCGCCUGGGGGACGAAGACAACUUCUGGGCCAGCGGGCCCACUGGCCCAUGUGGUCCCUGUUCAGAGCUGUACUAUGACUUCCACCCCGAGAGGGGCACUGUGGGCGCCAGCCUGGAGGACGACUCGCGCUUUAUCGAGUUCUACAACCUCGUCUUCAUGGAGUCCAACAGGGGCCCGGACGGCAAGCUGACACCCCUCGCCAACAAGAACAUUGACACUGGCAUGGGGUUGGAGCGUGUUGCACAGAUCCUGCAAUGCGUGCCAAACAAUUACGAGACGGAUCUGAUCUUUCCCAUUGUGGCGGCGGCUGGCAAGCUUGCUGGCCUUGACUACCACAGUGCCAGCCCUGGAGAGCAGACAGCCCUCAAGGUGAUGGGAGAUCAUGCGAGGGCGGUGGUGUACAUGGUCUCAGACGGCGUCUCUCCUUCAAACAUCGGCCGCGGCUACGUCUUGCGACGGCUGAUCAGGAGGACCAUCAUGAAGGGGCGCCUGUUGGGCGUGAAGGAGGUCAUGUUGCCCGCACUGGCCGAGACAGUCAUUGGGCUGUCGGACGGGUGCGACCCUGCAGUGGCCCAGAACUCGCAGCGCAUCAUUGCUGAGCUGGCCAGGGAGGAGGAGAAGUUUGCGUCCACCCUGGAAGCAGGUGGUUUCCCAUGCCCAUCAUAUGCCGAUUUCCUUUGCAUGUCGGGAUCUCUCGAUCAAUUCCUUCUCUGGGGGGAUGGGUCCACUGCAACCGUCAGCGGUGCAGCUGCCUUUGAGCUCUACGACACCUACGGCUUUCCCCUGGAGAUCACCCAGGAGAUGGCCGCCGAGAGGGACAUCCAGGUGGACGCGGCCGGCUUUGAGGCGGAGAUGGCGGCCCAGAAGAGCCGCUCGCGCGAGGCGGUCAGGAGCAUCGACAUGACGGCAGGCCACGCCUUGGGAGACCUGGCGCAGCAGCUCGGCCGCACCUCCUUCAUCGGCUAUGAGCACGGGCCUCUCCGCGUACCGGGGUCCGUCCUCGCCAUCCUGCGCGGCGGCAGCAGCGUGGAAUCCGCCUCUGCCGGCGACGAGGUGGAGGUGAUCCUAGACAGGACGCCCUUCUACGCUGAGUCAGGCGGCCAGGUGGGCGACCGGGGCUGUCUCACGGGCGUUGCCUCCUCCAGCGGCAACAACGGCGCGGCCUCGAGCUCCGGCAGUGGACUAGAGUUGCGCGUGCGCGACACACAGAAGGCCGGCGGCGGCGCUCUUGUGGUUCACCACGGCAGCAUCGAGCGGGGGGACCUCCAUGUUGGGCAGAUGGUGAUGGCAGAGGUUGACACGAGCAGCAGACAGGGCGCAAGAAAACACCACACAGCCACCCACCUCCUGCAGUCCGCCCUCAAGCAGGUCCUCAAAGAGGAAGGGGAGAUCAGCCAACAGGGGUCUAUGGUAACGGCGGACCGCCUGCGAUUUGACUUCAACCUGCACAGAGGCCUGAAGGAGGCAGAGGUUGCCAGAGUGGAGGAGCUGGUGAAUGGCUGGGUCACCGAGGACACUGCGCUCACCACUCGGGAAAUGCCUUUGGCAGAAGCCAAGGCUGCAGGCGCGGUGGCAAUGUUUGGAGAGAAGUACAAUGAUGCGGCAGUGCGCGUGGUUGAGGUGCCAGGCGCAUCGAUGGAGCUCUGUGGUGGCACGCAUGUCGAGCGAACAGCCCAGAUUGGGGCGUUCAAGAUUGUAUCGGAGGCCGGCAUUGCGUCGGGCGUGCGCCGGAUUGAGGCGGUGGUCGGGCCGGCCGCGGUGCAAUACCUGAACCAGGUGGACGGCAUCGUGCGCACGCUUGCGUCGCAGCUCAAAAUCAAAUCGGAAGAGAUCCCCGGCCGCGUGGCAGCGUUGGCGGAGGAGGCAUACAGUGCGCAGAAGGAGGUGGCGAAGCUGCGCGCUGAGCUGGCGCUGGCCAAGUCAGCCGCGCUGGCCGACAGUGCUGCAACUACCGCCAGCGGCGCACGAGUCGUCGUCUCGCGCCUGGACGGCAUCGACAACAAGGCCCUGCAGGAGGCUGCCAAGGGCUUGCAAGAGCGCCUCGGCGAUGACUCAGCGGUGGCCCUGAUGGGGGUGUCUGAGGAGGGCAAGGUUGCCAUUGUGGUGGCCCUCGGAGGAGGCGCGGUGAAAAAGGGCCUCAAGGCGGGAGCAAUUGCCGGGAACCUGGCGAAGCUGUGCGGCGGUGGCGGCGGCGGCCGACCGAACCUGGCCACUGCCGGUGGCAAGGACCCCGCCGGGUUGCCCGCUGCGCUCGAAGCCGCUGAGACACAGCUCAUGGAGCAGCUUUGA